AUGACAGGGUCAACUGUGAAGUUCCCAACAGCCGAGGAAACUCUCAAGCACCCUGCAUAUCCAACUACGGUAUGGGGACUUGAGCCUCACCAGCAUGGUCUCUUCCCGGCUGCGAAGGGCCGCGGCGGGCCUAUCAACAUCGCAUGGGAAGUCCAUGGCUCCGGCCCUACCAAGAUUGUCUUCAUCAUGGGCCUGGCUGGUGCUGCGUUCGCAUGGCAGUGCCAAACCCUCUACUUUGGUCAUGACAAGGGCGGCCAGUACUCCAUCCUCGUGCUGGACAACCGAGGCAUCGGCGGGAGCGACAAGCCCUUGCUGCGGUACUCGACCAGCGAGAUGGCCCUCGACGUGAUCGAGAUCCUCGACCAUCUCGGCUGGACAAAGGACGACCGCCAGGUCCACGUCGCAGGCAUCUCGCUCGGAGGGAUGAUCGCCCAGGAGAUCGCCUACAAGAUACCCGAGAAGCUCGGCUCGCUCAACCUCCUGUGCACCACGGCCGAGUUCAAGAAUGCCACCAACUACGGGGACUACUUCCGGGAGCGCCUCUUCUUCCUCGUCCCGACGUCCGAGGAGGACAACAUCCUGGGCACGGCGCGCAAGUGUUUCCCCGAGGAGUGGCUCGCCUCGCCUGACGAGUGCGCCCUGCCCGACCCGAGCACGACGCCCAGGUGCAAGCCUGCGCCUGGCACAGAGGAUGGGAAGUAUCUCCGCUUCGACUCCAACUACCAGCGGUUCAUGGCGCAGAGCCUGCUGAAGCGCCGUGUGCCGGAUUUCUUCACCCGCCAGGGAUUUGUAUGUCAGCUGAUGGCUGCGGGAUGGCACAGGAAGAGUGAGGAGCAGUUGCGGCAGAUCGCGGACACGGUGGGGAGGGACAGAAUCAUGGUGGUUCAUGGAACCAUUGACAAGAUGAUCAGCCCUCCCAACGGCGAACGACUGGUAAAGAUCAUGGAGCCUACCAAGAGCGUCGUCGAAGAAGGCAUGGGCCACGCCCCUCCGCUGGAGAGGGCGCAGUGGCUGAAUGAGCUGCUCGAGGAGAGGAUCCGCGAAUGCGAGAAGUUGUAA